AUGGACUUGGCCUUAGACGCCAGUUUGAACGACUGGGACGAAGAGUUUUCCGCAGGAUCAAGCAAAACACGUGCGGAGAAGCACAAAGGCGCGCUGUCAAAAGACGCAGAGCCCACUUCUGGGACUAAAGAUCCCACAAAAUCACUUAAAUGUGAUGACAAGUUGCAAAAGAAGAGCGAGAAAGCACCUUCUACUGGCUCUGGUGCCUCUAAGGCGGCAGUGGUCACAAAAAGUGUGACAAAACCUAGCCGUUCCUCGAGGGAAAAAAGCGCGCCAAAAGAGCGUCGUAGCGGCUCAAAACAAUCUGCUACCCCGGGUCAAAGUUUAACCACUGACGUGGCUGCCCUUCUCAAAGAGGCUUUUUCUGGUCUUGCGGUGGAGAUGAACAAGGGUUUUAGCAAUUCGGGCGAUUUGAUCAAGGCAAAAAACGACGCCGCAUGCAAGAAUAACGCUUCUGUAGCUUCCGACUCCGAGUCGGAUGACCGUGGCGGCGGCUCAGACAUAGAACCUGAGGAACCUGCUCGUAAAAAACAAAAAACCAAUGAUGGCAUUGCUCUGCCUAAGGACAAUAGUGACAUACUUAAUAAACUCGAAAAGGAGUUUAAUGUCUCUCAACAAGAUGGCGCUGAAAUUCAUGAAAACUUAGCCGCUAUUGUCCAAAAGUUAUUGAAAGACAAACCUGAGGAAGAUAAGCUGAAUGAAAUCAAAAAACGGUAUCUCAGGCCAAAAAACUGUGAUAUGCUGGCCGAAACUAGGGUCAACCUACCAAUCUGGAAUAAUCUUUCAGAGAGAGCACGUACCUCAGAUCUUAAAUUCCAGAAGGUGCAAAAAUCCCUUAUUAAGGGUACAACUGCAGUGGUCCAGGUUGUAAAUGACCUGAUCAGCAAGCCAGAUAUGCCAUCAAAGGGUCAACUAGUUAACCAACUCAUGGAUGGUGUUCUGUUGAUGGCUAAUUCUAACACAGAGUUAAAUCUGAGGCGUAGGGAGGCUCUAAAACCGGAGCUUCACACAAGCUACCGCUAUCUUUGUGCUCCCUCAAACCCAAUAACAACUGAGCUUUUUGGAGAUGAUCUACCCAAGGCGGUAAAAGACAUUACUGAUACCAACCGAAUCACUUCCAAGCUUAGUAGAGAAACUAAGCAGAGCUUCAAAAGAUCACGAAGUGAUGGUCACUCAGACAGAUACCAAGGCAAAUACAGGAAUAGUAAUUAUUAUUCUGGGCUGUCAAAAAACUACCGCCGCCCCCUCUUCAGCAAGAAGGAGGAGGGGAGGAAGGCUGCUCAGAAGAACCACGACUAAUUCAUGACCAAAAUGUUGAGGUAAGGGACAAAGAGUUGCAAAUUGCUGGCAGGCUUAAAUACUUUCUCUCUGCCUGGAUGGAAAUUACAUCAGACAGAAAAAUUCUUGACAUCGUUGAACACUCAUCUUGAGUUUACUGAACACCCCUAUCAACAAUAUCCUAAGCCUCCAGUCAGAUUUAACUCUGAAGAGGCUGCUCUUAUUGAUGGUGAAAUACAACAAUUGCUUAACAAAGGGGUUCUUGAGGAGACUGACCCUAGUUAUGGUCAGUAUGUCUCUACAAUUUUUCUCAGAAAAAAGAAAAAUGGUUCUUACAGACUGAUCUUGAAUCUAAAAGGACUGAAUGCAUCCAUAGAGUAUCAACAUUUUAAAAUGGAAAGCCUAACAUGUGCUAUCCAGUUAAUGAAGAAAAACUGUUAUAUGGCUUCUAUAGACCUAACAGAUGCAUAUUACACUGUUCCUGUGGCUGUUGAGCGCAGGAAAUAUUUAAGGUUUUUCAGGAGAAAUAGGCUGUUUCAGUACACAUGUCUCCCUAACGGCCUAGCAUCUGCACCAAGAUACUUUAGAAAACUAUUGAAACCAGUGUAUAGCACAUUGCGUAGCCAAGGCUACUUAAAUGUUGGCUAUAUAGAUGACUCAUAUUUACAGGGGGACUCAAAGACAGACUGCAGAAGUAAUAUUCUUACUACCCUAACCUUAUUUGAGUCUCUAGGAUUCCUGAUCAAUCAUGAAAAGUCAGUGUUGCAACCAUGUCAGAAAUUGGCAUUUCUUGGUUUUCUUUUAGAUUCUGUCAACAUGAAAGUAUUUCUUACGGCAGAAAAAACCGAGAAAAUAAUUUUGGCAUGCCAACAACUGCUAAAGAAAAGUAUAAUUUGUAUAAGAGAAGUUGCCCAGGUCAUUGGACUUCUGGUCUCUAGUUUGCCUGCUGUCCAGUAUGGACCCCUUUUUUACAGGAGUCUUGAAAUUGACAAAAAUACAGCUUUGCAACAAAAUAAUGGCAACUAUGAAGCUAAUAUGACCCUCUCGUCAGAAUCUAUCAGUGAGCUUCGCUGGUGGGUGACUAACCUACCUACAGCAUGCAAAAGUAUCACCAUGGACAACCCAGAUAUAGAAAUGGCAACAGAUGCAUCGAAAUUAGGCUGAGGGGCGGUAUGCAAUGGACAAAGUGCCCAAGGCAUGUGGUCCCCAUUUGAAAAACAAAAGCACAUUAAUGAACUUGAAUUAUUAGCAGUCUAUUUUGGUUUGAAAUCCUUCCAGCCCUUAUUAAAAGGAAAGCAUGUGUGCAUUAAAACUGACAAUUCUACAACUGUCUGCUAUCUUAAUGCAAUGGGGGGGCACUAAAUCCCCUCCGUGUAACAAACUUGCUAAAAGUGUUUGGAUGUACUGUAUGGAAAAUGAUAUCUGGCUGACUGCAUGCCAUUUGCCAGGUGUCCUUAAUAUUGAGGCAGACAUAAGCUCCAGACAAUUUAAUGAGAGAACUGAGUGGCAGCUUCAACCAGAUAUAUUCUGUAAGAUUACUGACAUACUGGGUACUCCUGAGAUUGAUCUGUUUGCAUGCAGACUUAACAACCAGCUUCCAAAAUAUGUUUCGUGGAAGCCUGACCCUGGAGCCUGCCACGUAGAUGCCUUCUCGUUUUCCUGGAGUGGACAGUUUGUUUACAUUUUUCCUCCCUUUCUCUGCUUAACAGAUGUCUGCAGAAAUUAGAGAAGGAUCAGACUUUAGCACUGUUGGUGGCUCCUGUGUGGCCCACACAGGUUUGGUGGCCCCGGCUACUAAGCCUUCUUGUGGCAAAUCCAUUAAUGCUCCCACAAGACAAGGACCUCCUCACCCUACCACAGUCGGGGACUCUACAUCCUCUGAGAAAGCAAAUGAGACUGAUGGCAUGUCUCUUGUCCGGCAGUACUAUGAAACAAGAGGAGUAUCGAAGUUAGCAGUUGGAUUGCUCAUGGCAUCCUGGCGGGGGGGAACUAAGAAACAGUAC